AUGACACUGGCUGGCGUCGGAGGCGAUGUGUUCGGUGAAGAUAAGAAAGCUAAAGCUGGUGGAGGUGGAGGCGGAGGCGCAAAUCCAAGAGCACCGGAUAAUAAAGAUGCAAAAGCGGGAACGUUUGAUCCAAAUUACCAGACAUUGGCUGGUGUGGGUGGUGAUGUAUUUGGCGCUGAUAAGAAAGCUGCUGGAGGAGGUGGCGGUGGGGGAGGUGCUGCAAAAGUACCCGAAAAUAAAGAUGCUAAAGCAGGAACAUUUGAUCCGAAUUAUCAGACAUUGGCUGGAGUUGGUGGCGAUGUGUUCGGUGCAGAUAAGAAGAAGUAG